AUGGAUGAAGCGAUCGCCACUGUUGUCUCCGUAUGUGGGACAACCCCAGAACUGGCCUCGCAGUACGUACAACUUGCAGACGGCGAUCCAAAUCAAGCUGUACAGUUAUUCUUUGAAAAUGGUGGCGCCGACCUAGCAGCCGCUUCCUCGCGUCCUCCUCCCCCCUCCGACUCCCGUAUGCCUGGCGGACGUCUGAACCCCAUCGACGCCGAUGACGACGACAAUAUCUCGGAUGACAAUGAUCCGGAAAUCACUGGUUUCCGCAAAACAUCACACAGAGACACUGCUUCUCCACCUGCACGAGGCGCUGAUUAUGAGGAUGAUGAGGCUAUGGCACGGCGAUUGCAAAAUGAGAUGUACGGCGAAGGCGCCAUGGACAAUGUCGUACGGGCUCCUAUUGCCCGACAGGCCGAGACUUUGGUGGGACCAGGAGCAGCCGCCUUGCCCAUGGCAGGUCCUGCAUAUGCCUCAGCCAUAGAAGAACGAAUGCGAGUCAUUGAAAGAAGGAGAGAGCAAGCACGUGCGGGCAUUUUUAAUCAACACCAGCCAACUUCAAUUUGGGACCAAGAUGUGGGCAUCGGUAGUACUCUCUCGGACGUCCUUGCAGAGUCCACCGGAGGGGCAUCAGAAGCCUCUGCGAGGUCAAAUCGUCUCGCUAGACUCUUUCAACCUCCAUGGGACUUGAUGUACAAGGGAAACUGGGAUGGCGCAAGAGACGAGGGUAAAGAACACAAGAAGUGGCUACUGGUAGACAUUCAGGACCCUUCAAUCUUUGACUGUCAGGCAUUGAACCGCGAUCUGUGGAAGAACGAAGGCAUUGUGGAAACGGUCAAGGAGAAUUUCGUCUUUCUACAAUACAACAGGAACGACCCCAGAGCAUUGCAAUACAUUCAGUACUACUUCCCGAAGUACGAGAAUCAGGACGAAUACCCGCAUGUCGCUAUUGUCGACCCCCGAACGGGCGAACAGAUCAAACUUUGGGCGCGGAAGGUGCCCCCAGCACCCGAAUUUCUAAUGCAACUGCACGAAUUCCUGGACCGGUACAGCCUCGAGAACAACGUCCGGAAUCCUGUGGCUAAACGCAAAUCUGAAGCCAAAAAGGAGAAACCUAUUGACCAACUCACCGAGGAGGAGAUGCUUGAGCGGGCGUUGCAGGCUAGUCUGGCUACCCAGAGUGUAGAGCGCAAAGCGGCCCCGGCAGAAGAUCCUGAUGAUCUCACACGGAGCGUUGGGGAUCUCCGGGGAAAUGAGGUGCCAGCAAUUGCCGAUGCAAUGGAUGUGGAUCAGAAUGGCGCAGAAGAAGCAUCAGCAGAGUCGACUGCGUUUGCACAGAUCCCAUCCGACCGCCCUCACAGAGAGCCCCCUGCCGGACCAGGCGUGACCCGAGUACAAAUCAGACAUCCUGGCGGUCGAAUUGUUCGACGAUUUGCCGAACAGGAUCCUGUGCAACGGAUUUAUGAGUAUCUAAAGGCGGAACCACUUGAGGGCAAGGAAGGAAUGGCAUUUGAACUCGUGGCCAUGGGCAAAAAUCUCAUGGACGUCAGGCACGAGUCGAUUGAAGGCGCCGGUCUGAAAAACGGAACGGUUAUGGUGGAAUUCGUGGAGUAA